UGUAAAAAUCAGAGACUGGACCACCAACCAGUGGUUGCUUGUUCGUCGCAGUACUAUUUUUUGUCCGAUUGGAGGAUUGGGCCGUGUGCUGGGCGAUUUGCCUAGUAAGCGAUCCAGUCCUCGAGCAGCUAGUGAAGAAGCAAAGUUCGUAGUGUUAUUCGAGUAGCUGCUACUGUCACGCGUUCAAUUUCAGCCGAGUGCAGACACAGUUGCUAGUUGUGAAUUCGGCCAUGGCCGUGCCGACGAGAAGAUGGUUCCAUCCGCACAUUUCUGGAACUGAUGCCGAAACGCUGCUGAAAGAGAAAGGUACCCAUGGAAGUUACCUCGUUCGGCCGAGCAAGAGCAACCCUGGAGAUUUCACUCUGUCGGUCAGGCGAGCGGAGGAUAUCACUCACAUCAAGAUCCAGAACACGGGCGACUUCUACGACCUGUACGGUGGUGAGAAGUUUGCCACGCUGUCGGAGCUGGUGCAGUUCUACACGGAGAACCAAGGUCAGCUCAAGGAGCUUGGCGGGGCCAUUAUCGAGCUCAAGUACCCGCUACUCUCCGAGGAAGUAACGAAUGAGAGAUGGUACCAUGGGCACAUAUCCGGCUCGGAAGCUGCAGAGCUGCUCAUGGAGAAGGGCCAGAAUGGCAGCUACCUCGUCCGGGCAAGCUCUAGCAAGCCGGGUGACUACGUACUAACGGCACGUUGCGAAGACCGAAUUACACACAUCAUGAUACACAAUAAAGAUAACAAGUUUGACGUGGGCGGUGGCGAUCGCUUUGAUUCCUUGCCGGAGUUAAUCGACUAUUAUAGGAGCAAUCCCAUGGUGGAAACGACCGGCACUGUGGUGCAUCUACGGCAGCCGUACAACGCAACCAAGUUUAGCAUUACCGGAAUUGAGGAUCGCGUCUCGCAGCUGACGAAGCAGAACGCCGAGACGUACGGCAAGGGUGGUUUCUUCGAGGAGUUUGAUCAACUUCAAAACUCAGAAACUAAACUUCUGUACAGCCGAAAGGAGGGCGCACAUCCCGACAAUAGAACGAAAAACCGUUACAAGAAUAUCCUACCGUUCGACCACACACGUGUUAUCCUGAAGGAUCAGACGGUCAACGAAUCGACGAGCGACUACAUCAACGCAAAUCAUAUCAUGUCGCUUACAGCCGUGAUUGAGAGCACGCCGGCCGGCGACAACUCUGCCAACACGUCGUACGUGGCAACGCAGGGCUGCCUCCCCGGGACGGUGGUGGACUUCUGGCGCAUGGUCUGGCAGGAGAACUCUCGCGUGAUUGUCAUGACCACCAACGAGGUGGAGCGGGGCCGUAACAAAUGUACUCGUUAUUGGCCGGAUGUGGAUUCAUCACGCACCAUCGGCAGGCUCAUUGUCACCAACCUGAAGGAGACCGUCCAGGCUGAUUACAUCCUCCGAGAGUUCGAGGCGAAAACGCAAGAGUCUCCGCCACGUGUCCGUACCAUCUACCAGUUCCAGUUCAAGGCAUGGCCGGAUCACGGUGUGCCCGAGAAGCCUGGCGUGGUGCUGAGUUUCCUACACGACGUCAACAACACACAGAGGCGCUCGGAGGGUGCAGGACCAAUGGUUGUACAUUGCAGUGCUGGUAUAGGCAGAACGGGUACUAUCAUCGUCAUCGACAUCUUACUCAACGUAAUACAGAAGUAUGGUAUCGACUACGAGAUAGAUAUCCAGAAGACCAUUCAGCAUGUGCGCGCGCAGCGCUCUGGCAUGGUGCAGACCGAGGCGCAGUACAAGUUUGUCUACAUGGCCGUCAUGCACCACAUUGAGACGCUGCGGACGCGCAUACAUGCCGAGAUCCAGAACAAGCAGAGCGGCCCGGUCUACGACAAUCUGCAGUACCCGCUCGGCAGCACCAUGCCCAUUCCCAAUGUCACACCUGUGGGAGCAAGUGGUGGUGCCAGUGCUCGUCAAAGUACGCAGCGCAGCACGCCUUCGUCACAAUCGCAAAUGGCCAACCCGCCACGCCAGUAUCACAAUAUGGGGCCGUACAGAGACCAAAUGCCUGACGAUGAUGAUGACGAGAAGCCACCGCCAGUAGCACCACGGCGGUACUAGAGAGACUGUCAGAAUGGCAGAAUGGCUGCUAAGUCCACCACAGUAGACUAGAGCACAUCAUGCCAGUCAGCCAGGAGACAACCUACGCACUCACUCACACUACCGCCCGUAACAUACACACGCAUAUACACACACACGCGCACCUACAAACACACGCACGCACAACAAUUCCUAACAAAAGUAUUCUUUCAUGCGUACCACUCCGCUGUGAUCAUGCAUCACUCACUGUCACGGCUCACUGAGAUUUUUUUAGAUUUUAAUUUCCUUUGACUGGCCAACAGCAGCGUUCACGCAUACCCUGUUUAUUAGUAUUGUCCGCUGCGUCGCUGCCUUCCUUUAGCAAAAUACGCCACCGCCACCACAAUGCCCCAAGCGUGCACAUCAGUUCGACAGAGCCUCGACCUGUGCCUCUGGUGGCAGGCACUACUGCUGCUGCUGCUGCUAGGAUGUGUCGAGGACACCACUGACGCACACAUGCGGAGCGGAUGCUUUUCGCCGCAGCCACUGCAGCUUCUGGUGGUGUCAUCCUGAGCAUACAUACAUGCAUGCACCCAUACUUACACCUUGUGCUUCACCAAUUGCUGUGCUGCGCUAGUAUCCGCCAGUGUGCCAGUCCAUCGUGCGCGGCCAUUCCCCCCGAGCUAGGCGAGCACUGCUGCUGCUACUGCGGCUGUCCGUUGCUCGAGUUGCUGCUGGCGCUUUUGCCGCCGCGUCCUGUCUACGACGGGCUACAUCCAUGUACACGUUACCAUAGUUACCAUAGUGGGUGGUUGAGGUGCGAUUUCUGCUUCGCCAUCGUGCAACAUGAGCGAACACAACGCCUGACAAAGCCCUUUGAACUUCGCCUUAGUAGUAUCCCUGCUAUGCUCUCUAUAUUGCUCGAUGCUACCGCGAGUACGAAACCGAACAGAAGCCCCCAUCCCCCAACUGCAAAUGUUAAUCUCUAACAGGAAAUCUAAAUCUACCGCUGCUUCGGUUGGCAAAAUUAAAACAUUUUUCUCCCACUGUCGGUGUAAAAUCCUCACUAUGUGCAAUGUUGUCGUUGCUGUUAUCCCCCGUGCCCUCAUUCCUCGUAACCUCUUGUUUCUUUCCCGGUUAGACCUACUCCAGCCCUAGUUGUCUAUUAGGUAUUGCUUGUAUCAUGCUAUUUGCACUUGUAUUUUUUAAGUGCUCUCUAUCUUCAAAGAUAGUGUAAAAAAAAUAGAUUGGAUUUCUUGCCGCUCUGCCGCACAGGCAAACGA